CUCUCUCUCUCCCUGUCUCUCUCUCCCUCUCUCUCUCUCUCUCUCUCUCUCUAUGUCUCUCUCUCUCUCUCUCUCUCUCUCUCUCUCUCCCCCCCUCUCUCUCUCUCUCUCUCUCUCUCGGGUACACAGCCAAGAGGCGCUGCGGCAAAAUGUCAUAUUUCACUCGCAGCGCUCUCAGAGGACGACCUCCUCUGUACUGUACAGCUCCUGUACAUCUGCUGCGCUCCUACUGUACUCUGCUGCAGCUCCUGUUCCCGGGGAGUCUCUUCUUCUCUUCUUCUCUUCUUCUUCUUUUUCUCUUCUUUUUUUGCGUCUCUCAAGAGUUCCCGGAGGGUUUUUUUUAUUUUUGGUUUUGGAGCACAGAAAAGUAAUUGAGGAGGUGUUCCGCUGGUCUUCAUUAGUCUGAAGGCACUGAUACAAAAACCAUGUGUGAGUUUUUGAGUGUUGCCCGCAGCUGAAAGAGACAGCACGACCUGACAUGGUGUUUUAGCCAAGCCGAGGAGAACGACCGGAGGAGAAAGACUGAGCAGGACCGGAUCAGCUCCCCAACACCUUCAGGUUUCACUUUUAUGUCUGUUUUUCAUUAAAAAGCUACUUCAUGCAGAGUGAGCUCUCCUCUCAGCUUUUUACAUCCUCACUUCUUUUCCUCCCUCUUGUCCGUCCAGCAUCAGUAAAAACACAAACCGCCCCCCCUCACUCCCGGGACUAAAGCGCUCCAAACCGGGCCGGUAGCAGCACCUUUUUUUUAACCUUCUUUGUGUCUCCUUUUCUACAACAAAAAGCAACCAGCAAACCGCCACCAUGGAAGUGGUAAAGGGUCGGCUGUUGGGGAUUUCCGUGGCCGUUGCGCACGGCAUUUUCUCCGGCUCUCUGAACAUUUUGCUGAAGUUUCUCAUCAGUUAUUAUGACUUUAAGUUCCUGACGCUCAUCCAGUUCCUCACCAGCAGCACCGCCGCGAUCACUCUGGAGACCCUGAGACGGCUGGGGAAAGUGGACAUCCCCCCGUUCAGCUGGCACCUGUCCAAGGAGUUUGCCUCGGUGUGUGUCCUCUCCACGCUGCAGUCCACUCUCACUCUGUGGUCUCUGCGCGGCCUCAGCCUGCCCAUGUACGUCGUGUUCAAGCGCUGCCUGCCGCUCUUCACGCUCAGCAUCGGUGUGUGUGUGCUGAGGAACGGCAUCCCUUCAUUUGGGGUGGUGACUGCCGUGGUCAUCACAACUGGUGGAGCUGCACUAGCUGGCGCUGGUGAUCUCACCGGCGAUCUGUUCGGUUAUAUCACCGGUGUGUUGGCGGUCAUCAUCCACGCUUCCUACCUGGUCCUGAUCCAGAAGACCAGUCAUGACAGCGAGUACGGACCACUCACAGCGCAGUACUCUAUCGCCAUCAUGGCCUCACCGGUGCUUCUGGUGUGCUCCCUCAUCUCCAUGGACACCAUCAACAUGUGGACCUACGAGGGUUGGAAAGAUCCCAACAUCACGGUCAUCUUCGUCUUCUGCAUCUUCAUCGGCUGUGCCAUGAACUUUACAACGCUGCACUGCACCUACAUCAACUCCGCCGUGACCACCAGCUUCGUCGGGGUGGUGAAGAGCAUCGCCACCAUCACUGUCGGCAUGCUGGCCUUCAGCGACGUCGCUCCGACGGGGCUGUUCAUCGGAGGCGUGGUUGUCAACACCGUCGGCUCCAUCACCUACUGUGUGGUCAAGUACUUUGAGACGAGGAAGAAGAGCUUGUACGAGGACCUGGAGGGGUCUGGGAAGGAUGGUGGUCCACCUGGGGAGCCCUACAGAGAGAAACCCGCGCUGAAUGGCGACGGGCCGGCCGACGGUGACGGAUCUGAUCCAGGAAACCAGGAGAUGGAGGGAGUGUUGACCAGCGAUGUGAAAGAGGAGGAAGCGCCGACUGGCUUGGCUAAUGGAGAGGUGUGGAGAGGAGACAAGGAAGCAGGGGUGACUUCCCGAGUCAUGACCGACGAGGAGGCGCUGGAGAUGCAGAGGGAGCACAUCCAAAAGGAGAACCCCACCUCCUCCAAUCAGUCUGCUAGUGACAGCUAUGUCGGGGUGUGGAGGUCAAUUAGAAAUCUUCAGUUUAUGAAGAAAGACCCUUUGAUUGAUAACAUGGAGCAGCAGAGUCCGUAAGGGCUGGACAGAGACCUGGACAGAUUCUGGUGAAGAAAAUAUGAAUGGAUUAAAGGAUUUAGGAAAGUGCCAAACAUGCUGAAGAAAACAGAGGAGAGGAAACAUGACAUGGGCAGAAUAGAAAAGACAAACGGUCCGUCGGGAGCCUCUUUGAUUCCUGCUAGAAGUGCUGAACAAAAGCUUGUUGGGUACACUGGUUAUGUUUGCUGCUGUUGCUUUGAUACCUCAAUGGAAUCCCAGGCGUUUGUGCUUAAAAAGUUUUAUUUCAUCACGGAGCUUUGAGUGCAGAGAACAUGCUUUUGGUUUUGUUGAAAGCAGGGAACAAGGUAAUUUUCUUUUUUUUAUACGCUGAGAAUAAAAAAGAGAGGUUCCUGUUGAAGAGAAGUGGAUGAAGAGUUUUGGGAGAAGCUGCCUGACUGUGAUAAAUUCUGCCUCUUGUCUUGCUUCUGCUCUGUGGCGUCCAGCGGGGGACCAGGCUAACCUCGGUGUAGCAUGAUUCGGUCUGGCGUGCGUCCCCGCUGAUAAACCAGCUAGCCACAAAAAGAGAGUGCAUCCUGUGCAAACAUGACAUUCAUUCAGGGAACUGCAAAGACACCGCAGACAACUUAAAAGUUUGUGUUUU